GAUUGUUCGAGAGAUUGUUAGCUCGGAAAUCAGCGAACCAAACCUACCCACAAAUGUACAGAUUAAUCAAAGCAACAGAGAGGCGGUGGUGGUUUUCAAAACGUGAAUGAAGAGCUGCGAUGCAGGUUUCAGAUUCCGAGACGCUUUCCCGCCAACGGGGACCGUGAAUGUGCUCUCUCCCCGCUGCUCGCUCCUAACGCAGAAAGGCAAGCUCCUCAGCAGCAAAUUGCUUCCAGUUUCAAUCCAUCAUUCAAUUAUGGUGGAAGAAUGAACCAGCGAAGACCACGUCGCCAGGGAACUCUUCCUUACUCACAUGGAGGCUUGAGGCGUACAUCAUGUACCGUCACCAGUGCCAGUUGUUCUCCGGCAGCUGAGUACUACAAAGAUGUUAUUUUGCUUCCCUUGCCUACCUGGAUGAAAGUGCCCAGGGGAAACGAUAAAUCACAAUUACAAAAGCGUGGAUGCUACGUUGAUGCUGUUCGUUUUUCAAAAGUUAUCCACCAAACCGCCAUAUUGUCAUGCUGCAGGAUGCAGGACAGGUCCUGUGGACUUAAAUGAAGUCCGCCGCCAUAUUGCUGUUUUGCAAAGUCGUCCACUCACAUGUCGGCCUCGACGUCAUGCUCGCGAUAUGCGGGACAGGUCAUGUAGACUUACAUGAAAUACUGACCGCAUGAAAUAUAUAUCGAGAAAAGUCCGUGAAAUAUUUAUAUCGAAACUGUAUUGAAAUAUGUAAAAUCAUUUGACUGUUAUAUAUAAAAUGAAAACAGGUCGCUGAAUUUGGAUAUACAUAUCGCAGUUUCGGACAUAUAUAUUGCACUUCGGAUAUAUAUAAUGUAAUUUGGACAUAAAUAUGGCAACUCGGUACAUAAAUAUCACUCUUCGACAUUUUGAUCCUGUUUGACAAGCAUAGAGGUAUACGGCGAGAUCCUGAUAUAUCUACUUAAUUACACAUACUUUAUCUGGUGAAGCACCCACUAUAAUGAACAAUAUUCUUUAGGCUAGCAAAUGUUACAGUAAAAUGCAUGGAACAAAACCACCGAUAUAAAGAACCUUGGGGCUUAAUUCUACAAUACCCAACAACUAAUCUGCAUCUUGGUGAUUGACAACAGUUUCUAUUGCUUCAAAUCGGCCCUAGCUUAAAAAGUUCUGGUUAGCUCUUCGGUUUUUUUCAGGUAUUCCAGCCCUAGUAUAAACAAGUCACUGUUUUGACCCCCUGCGAGCAGAGUAGUUUUAAUCUUUCCCCAUACAAGUCGCCUUCAUCUUUCCCCACUUAUCUCGGAAAGAUCGAUCGAAGCCACUCGGCUCGCAGGGUAUGUUUCAACGAACACAAUCCAGAAAUCUUAACGGAAUAUUCAGUGAACUCUCGUGUCCCUGAAAAGUCAGGAAAUAUGUAACAACGCAUUAUUUAUACACUGUACCUAUGUUAUUUCGUCAUCCAGCUGGGCAGAUAGCCAGAAAUGCUUCUCUUUACAAUAUAAUUUAGCCGCACUUGACCACACCACUCUGACAGAUCAGCUGCCGCCGCUGAUCGCUACCAUGUGACAAUUCCAUGUGACCAAAGUGAGUAGUGAGUGUGACUUUUAAAACUUGAGCCCUCGGUCCUUUAGAGGAAAAGUUCAAGGUUCGGUAAACAUGUGGUGUAACAGAAGGGUGGCGUAACCAUCAAAAUGGACUAAUGGAAGAGCCUGAGCUGUGGUGACAUGGGCAAGCAGGAAUGCAAUCUCGAGGCCGCUCAAAAAUAAUGAGGCCUUGUCCAUACCAAAACUCUGUAAAAGAAAAGUGAUAAACCCAUUUAAUUAUUUGUCUUGACUGCAGUCUCCUUGUGUCUACUCGUACAAUGAAAAAGAUGGCGGACUUUCAUAGGCAAGGUACAAGGACAGCAAGGAUUGAUGGCUGAAUAUAACAACUCGACCAACCAACCACCAACUCCAUUUUGCUAUAGCGAUGAGCCGGGAAUUUUGUGGUUCGGUUGAUUCGCCUUAUGGAACAUGACAUGGAACAUGCAGAACAUUCCAUUCCCAUUAAUGAAACAUUCUUUGCAGGAUGAAAUAGAUAUUUUCUCGAAUUUUUCUAUCUGUUCAAAAAUAAGACCAAUUUAUGCAUUAGCUGUGACUGGAGUCACCUUUCCUGAAGUACAUUGUUGGUGAUCGUGUUGCGUGACCUUUUCUGGUUCACUGAUCAUGCUCCCAGUGUGAAUAUUCAAGACUGGUUACCAUGGAUUUGGGCUUUUUGCGGUGUUACACACAGUCGGGAAAUUUUGGCCUUGGCUUCUACUCGAAGUCAAAAAGUCAUGUAAAAACUCAUAAUGCGACCAAAAUGAGACAAUUUUCGAGAGUAUGGCUAGCGUAAUUGCUUCUCCAAGGCAAGAAUUUCCCAAGAGGUUACCGGCUCUUCCAGUAAUCGAACAUCCCGCUUUGCGAAAGUCAGAAAACAACAAUGCUGAUUUACAAAUCCGUGGAAGCUCCCGUGAAGAAAGCAAAGCAUUUCUGGAAGAACUAGACGAUGCUCUUCCGCCGUUAAAUAGAAGAAUAAAACAGAAAGCUCUGCAGGGACAUUCCCGGGUGUUGACAUGGCCAUUAGGGCAAGGAAAAGACAAGACCAAUGGCAAUAGUGGUCCAGCAUUGGAAACACCUCCACACAAACGUACACCUGAAGAGCUUGAAGAUCUCAUCCGUGAAAAGCUAUUGACAAGAAUUAAUGGUUUGCGCCAAUCUUUUCGUUCCAAUGACCCCAUGGGUAAAGGAAAUGUAUCCAGGGAAGCACUUGUUACAAUUCUGUAUCAUCUGUGUGGCUAUCUUACAUCUGAACAGAUAAAUGGUCUUCUAAAGAGGUGAUUGUUU